GUGACUGUGAACACACUGUGAAUAAAUUGUUAAUGCUAGAAAUUAGUGUCAUCAUAUUACUUGUGUCUGACUGUGUGAGAUUUGAACCUACGAUUAUCAAAGUGCUUUUGGAAGACUGGAACUCAACCAGGACGACUACCUUCAUUUGUAUCAUUAAUCAUUACAUUAAAAUGGGUUUCAAAAUUUGGCUAACCACCUCCUUUGAAGCAAAGCAAGGAAAAAUGAUUUCAUAUCACUAGCUGUUUAUUAAUCACCAAUACCAAGUCUGUUACUAAAGUCAGGUGACUCUUUCAGGUAUGGAAGAUCUAGUCCAGUAUACCUGGGUCAGAAGCUUACACAUACGUGAUGAGCAUGUCCAAGUGGCAGUUCAACAUUCAGACAGGCAGCUGGAGAUAGUCUUCUGUCUAUCAGAUUUUUCACAACCUUUUGAGAUGGAAUUAAAAGGAUCAGUCGAUCAAUAAUCUAGACAGUCCAGUGAUAGACUUCAGAUACUUAUCGAUUCCCCCACUCUUUGGACGUCGCAUAUUCCCUCUGCUGCACUCUUAUCCGCAUGAAAGAUCAGGAUGAUGACUGAGGUUUGAUGUCAAAUGACAAUAUUCAUGUUCAUCAAGGGAGAAAAAUUAACCAGUUCAAUUAGGAUACCAAGUAUGAUAUUAUCAUCACAACUGGGCCAUCACUGUACUUGACAACUAACCUUGGUGCCCAGUCGUGGGAAAUGACUGAAUAGCAACAUCAUGUUCAGAAUAUCUUGUAUACAAAGACCAGAAGAAGAUGCCUGCUAGUCACCAUAGGAGUCCAAAACGUUCAAAUAGCACCAAAGGUAUUGGGAAACUAGGAACUGAAGAUAUCGUCUAGCACGUAUCGAUUGACUUCUACCAUACAAGAGUCACCAGGCAAACUUUAUUCACAAGUGUCAAGUGCUAAUACCAAGUAUGAAACUAAAAGUGCCACUUAGUUUAAAGUGAAAGUGAGCAUGUGAUUAAGUUUAGAAGUGUCUGUGUAAAAUUAAUUCAAAAUGAAAGUGCUGGUGAUAGUGUCGACAAGGUUAGUCUUGGUGUUUCCAGGGAUCCUGAAAUAUGUGAUGAGGGUUAUGACAACUCUGAAUAGCCUAAUUAGAUCUACGAAAGAUGGGCCGAAUGACAUCACAUCGGUUCGGUGUUACAAAAUCCAUUUAAAACGGGGGAAAUGGUUUCUGCCGCUGUACUUGGUGCAGCAGCAGGUACAGGGCUAGCUUUAGUUGUAGCGGUUACAAUUGUUGUAUACCGCUACUAUACUGCUAAAUAUCUUGACAAGUAUUGGAAUACUCUCGACCGUUGGCCUGAUCCACCAUUGAAAGCCUCAUCCAAGGAGUACUAUAAUAUCAGUCGGAGUCAUCAUCAUUCACACAGCCCACCAGUUGCCUCUACUGUUCUCGACUGUUGGAAAAAAACCAAACCCAACUACUACACCAUCCAACCACAGGAAUUCAACAUAGCAAAGGAACAACAUGCAGUCCAACCCUCAUCUUUCACCGAAGGACCAGGCUUACCGCACCAAAGCCGAAGUUAUCCCAGCAGUGCUGUUUCAGUUCAAGGUCCAGGUGGUCGAGUUCUGGCUAGAAAUCCAUCUAUAAGUUCACAAGGUUCUCUAGAAGGAGCAUCUGGAACGUCAUCACAUCGCGGCUCUUCUCCACAAAUUAAAGCUUUUGGACCUGAUGGACGUCAUCAUCAUGACAUCGUCCACGCUUCCUCCUCAUAUCCGCCCAGCAGAAGCUCUAGAUCACCAUCUCCAGCAAGAGCAGCUUCUUUAGAUGCACGAUGUAGCAGUCCAGCUAGCUUUACUUCAGGAAUUAUUCAUGGUGGAAUUGGUUCACCUUCACAAAGUUCUCUAUCUUCCAUCGCAACUGGGACAAGUAUAUCAGGUGUCUCGUCUAAUAAACCUCCAAAUCGUUGUCUUUCACCACUUCUUAUUCCUCCACCAAGAACUUCAAUAAGCGAUGGUGGACCAACAGCUCCAGCAUCACCAUUGGGAUCCCUCCAGCCUGAUUUGUAUCAACGCCAGGAUGGCCCAUUUUUUCUUAAUGCUCACUGUAAAACUGGAAGAAGCAUGGGUCGUCUUCAUCUCUACCUAAGUUACGACUUUAAUAAAUCAGAUCUUCAAGUUCAUUUAAUCGAGGCACACGAUUUAGCAGGAAGUGAUCAAGGAGGCUUCAAUGUUCCUUUUGUCAAACUUACCCUUAGUCCUGAAGUUGACAACAAAAAAAGACAAACUAGCAUUCAUCGAAAUAAUCCAAAUCCAUUUUUCGAUCAGUAUUUUAGAUUUCCAGUUAGUUGUGAUGAAUUAAAAGAGAAAACUCUAACACUUCAAGUGUUUGACUACGAUCGUUAUUCGAGGAAUGACGUCGUUGGGUCACUAAGAGUCGUACUAGAAGAGCUAGAACUUGCCUCAUCGGCUUCACCUGUUGAAGUAUGGGGAGAAAUAAUUCCAGAAAAAAAACCUCCUGAAGAAAUCCAAGAAGUUCUUGUUACUUUGUCUUAUUUACCAGGUGCUGAAAGACUUAAAGUCUUAAUACUUAAAGCCAGAAACUUAUUCCCAUCAGAGAAAAAAGAAACGUUGGAUCCAUUUGUCAAGGUCACUCUUUUAUCAGGAGAUAAAAGAGUUAAGAAAAAGACUAAAGUUAAAAAAGGUACCAGAUGUCCUGUAUGGAAUGAAGAAAUGGCCUUCAAUGUUUCCUCAGGUUCCCUUGCAUCAUCUGCUAUCGAGGUGUGUGUAAUGGAUGCUAGUAGUGAACUUGGUGGUAAUACUAUUGUUGGCUCAUGCAUUGUUGGUCCAUCAACUGGAGGGAAUCUUUCGGGAGUGAAUUGGGAAACGGGCAAUCGCAGUCAAGAACAUUGGACAAAAAUUACACAAUCACCACGAAAAAGUGUCACGAUGUGGCACACGUUACAUUAAAUUAAUUAAAAUAAGUCUUAAUUAAAGCUAUACACAUACAAAUAAAAAUAAAUGAAUAAAACUACCGACAAAGUAGUCAUUAAAAGUUUAUGAAUGAGUGUUAUUCAUGAUUAAAUCCAUUGAUAAAAAAAUUAGCAACUCAAUGAUACAAAAAAAAAAAGUUAUUCAAGAAGGUACAAACAUAUAUUUAUGAGAAAUAUAAAAUUUGUUAAUGGCUUAUGAUUUAUA